AGGGGGGCGCGCGCUGCCUGAGAGCACGCAGAAAGCAGCUACGCAGGAGAGAGGGGCAGGAGCCGAAUGGUGGAGCUGAAGAUGGCGGAUGGAGACAGCGGGAGUGAGCGCGGUGGCAGUAGCGGGGGAGGCGGUGGAGGCGGCUUCCAGCAUUUCCAGAGGGACCAGGAGACCCAGGAGCUGGCGUCCAAGCGCCUUGACAUCCAGAACAAGCGCUUCUACCUGGACGUCAAGCAGAACAGCAAGGGCAGGUUCAUCAAAAUCGCCGAGGUAGGGGCCGGGGGCUCCAAAAGUCGCUUGACCCUCUCGCUGUCAGUGGCGGCGGAGUUCCGUGACUACCUCGGGGAUUUCAUCGAGCACUACGCCCAGCUUGGGCCUAGUAGUCCGGAGCAGAUAGCCCAGGCCAGCGUGGGGGAGGACGGCGGGCCCAGACGAGCUCUCAAGAGCGAGUUUCUCGUCCGGGAAAACCGCAAGUACUACCUGGACUUGAAGGAGAACCAGCGGGGGAGGUUCCUGCGGAUCCGGCAGACCGUAAACCGUGGACCUGGCUUUGGAGUUGGGGGCCCAGUGGGUGGCAUGCUGGCCGGCCAGACCAUAGCCCUUCCGGCCCAAGGGCUAAUAGAGUUUAGAGACGCCCUUGCUAAGCUCAUAGAUGAUUACGGGGGUGACGACGAGGAGCUGACCGGGGGCAUGGCCGCCGGGGGCUACAGCGAGCUUCCCGAGGGCACCUCCAUCAUGGUGGACUCGAAACGGUUCUUUUUCGACGUCGGGUCCAACAAAUACGGAGUGUUCCUGCGUGUGAGCGAGGUGAAGCCCAGCUACAGGAACUCUAUCACCAUCCCGUUCAAAGCCUGGAGCAAAUUCGGAGGCGCCUUCUGCAGAUACGCCGAGGAGAUGAAGGAGAUCCAGGAGAGGCAGAGGGAUAAGAUGUACGAGAGGAGAGACGAGUCCGAGGGAGAUGACGUGGAUGACGACUGAGAACAAGCCCAGAAACAGCUGUUAGUACAGUUACAGGACAGAUCUGCAGUAUAGGGGUAUUUUGAAAAUAAAAAAGAGAAGAUAAAGUGCAUGACAAAUCGUGCUGUAAUAGCCUACUAAAGUAUCGUGGCGUAAAAAAGUACAUGUGCAGGGAAUUAUUGGUGUAUUAUCCUAAAGCUUGUAGGGUUGAGGGUUUGAGUGGUUGUGUGAAACUCUGAAAGUGAAAAAAAAAUGGACUAAUGAGAAAAAUCUCAUUGGCUGAAACUGAGUGCAUUAUUGUAAAAAAAAAAAAAGAAAAAAAAAGUUAAAAAGAAAGAGAGAACAUACUAAAACCAGCAAAUUGGUUUUUUAUAACUAGAAAUGAAGCCAAUGAACAGCUUUCCUGUUUGCAACGUAGGUCAUAUUUAAAGAGCGAGGAGUCAACCUGUUUAAGAGUUAAGUUUUCCUUUAAGGAGAGAACCAGCAUCCAUCGUAUUGCUGUUCCGGUCCAGGUCUCUCCUCGGUGGGCAGUUUGUGGGAUUUUUUGCAAGUCAGUCAGAAGAACUUGAGAGGAACGUACAGAAAGCUGCUGUCACUCUGUGGAUGCUUUGCAUUGGGUUUACCAGCAGGCGAGGCGGCGCCGGCGGCAGCAGGCAGUUAAUCGAAAAGAUUACCCAAAUUGUUAGGGGAAGUUACUGAGAGGAUUACCUUUAAGCCCAAACAACGAGGGCCUUGAGGACUAAACUAAAGCUUUGACUCCUGUAGUCGAUUACAGGCAGCUGGGUUUUUAUGUUAUACAUACGAUCUUGGCAAUAUUUUCAAAGCCUAAAGUCAUGUUGUUGUCGGUAAGAUUUGGGAAGAGGAGGAGGAGGAGCAGCAGCAUCCCUGGUGUUUGACAGCUUGGAAAGCCAACAAGUGGGGAGAGGACUGUGUUUUAGUGUCCCCACCCACCAGGGACAGACAUAUGGGACUUUUUAAAAAGAUGCUCAUUUGCUCCCACCACGAGGGUCCAAAUAUCCGGCGGUCGGAGGGCAGUCCUGCACCAGACGCAGCUGAGCUCCUCUGACCUCGCAGCUCUGCCGGACCGCAGAGCCGCGGCAGCGAUGAGUUUUCCCAUCAGCCUCUCUGUCCUCUCGUCCAACACGUGAAGACCCUGGACAGAAACACACUGAUGGAUGUGUUUUUGUUUUGUUUUGUUUUGUUUUCAAAAGAGAACUAUAUUGAAAUGAAAUUCUACUUAUAGGAAAAAUAUUACUGAACAAACCAGCAAAAGAUAUUUUGGAAAUACUUAUAGAGGAAAAUGUAUUAUGUAAAGGAAUUUCAAGACUAAACAAUAAAAAAAGGUUAAUUUCUUAAAACAAAGUUGUGACUCAAACCUCCAGAUUAUUUUUCAUUGUCAAAGUAUGACACUUCUUUAAUUAAAGCAGCUUGCAGAGCAACAACA